UUUUUGUUCUGCCUGCAUUGGGUGCACUUCGAUUGAUGAAUAUAUUCCUUGAUUACCAGGAUAUAUGAUGUGUUUGGAUUCAAUCUUUGCGUUACUAUAUGCAGGAUCUUAAAUCCUGCUUUGCUUGACCAAGAUUUGUUCCUCUGUCGUAUUUCCCUCCUCUAAAAUGGAUUAACUUCGUUCGGAGCUCCUUUUCUCUACUUUGUUGUCUUGUGAAAACCGUGACCAUGUUGCGCCGAAGUGAGUUUUUUGUUUUCAUGGACAGUGUUCGUUCUCUGAAAUCGGAAACGGAGGAGCAAAAGGAAGAGCACCAGCGGAGCCCUUUUGAAGAGUAUCUGCAGGUGCUACUGCAGAUGAAGUUGGCAAGUGCUGAUCAGUUUGACAAUUUGGAGAAGCAUACACAGUGGGGGAUCGAUUUUGUGGAGAAGUACACCAAAUUCGUCAAGGAGAGAUCAGAGAUUGAAACCAACUAUGCAAAACAAAUUAGGAAUUUAUCAAAGAAGUAUCAACCCAAGAAGAACUCACGAGAAGAGGAAGAGAGCAAGUACACCUUCUGUCGAGCCUUCCUGACGUCGCUUAAUGAGUUAAAUGACUAUGCGGGUCAACACGAAGUUAUAGCGGAGAACCUGACGUCUCAAAUCAUCACCGAGCUUUCGCGCUACCUGCAGGACCUCAAGGCCGAGAGAAAAUCGCACUUCCACGAUGGCCGUAAGGCACAGCAGCACAUUGAGAGCUCGUGGAAACAGCUGGAAACGUGUAAAAGAAGGUUUGAGAGGGACUGUAAAGAGGCAGACAGAGCACAGCAAUACUUUGAGAGGAUGGAUGCUGACAUUAACGUGACUAAGGCUGACGUGGAAAAGGCACGACAGCAAGCGCAGGUGAGGCACCAGAUGGCCGCUGACAGUAAGAGUGAAUACUCCUCCUACCUGCAAAAGUUCAACCAGGAGCAGAAUGACCAUUACUUUACAAUUAUCCCCAACAUAUUCCAGAAACUUCAAGACAUGGAGGAGAGAAGAAUUGACAGGAUAGGAGUGUGCAUGAAGACGUUUGCAGACGUGGACCGCCAAGUGCUGCCCAUCGUGGGGAAAUGUUUAGACGGCAUGACGAAAGCCGCCGAGUCCAUCGAGCCCAAGACUGACUCAAAGCAGGUGGUGGAGUCCUUUAAGUCCGGGUUCGAGCCCCCGGGAGAUGUGGAGUUUGAGGAUUAUGGCCAGGCCAUGAAGAGGACGGUGUCUGACACCAGCCUGUCCAACUCCAAAGAGGCCAGGGAGAAGCCUGCCGGCAAGAGCAAGGGCAAACUGUGGCCUUUCAUUAAGAACAAGAACAAGCUUAUGUCCCUGUUAACGUCCCCCCACCAGCCCCCACCUGCCCCCCCAGCCUCAUCCCCGCCCUCACCCUCUGCUGUUCCCAACGACCCCCAGUCUCCCAAGCAGCAAAAGGAGCCCCUCUCCCACCGCCUCAACGACUUCAUGAGCUCCAAACCCAAAAUGCACUGCCUCCGGAGCCUGAGGCGAGGGCUUUCUCUCAAGCUGAUCACACUCAAUUCCCACAUCCGGAAUCUCAUUGAGGGCUCUGGACCAGAGGACUUCAGCCACCUGCCACCAGAACAGAGGAGGAAGAAGCUGCAGGGCAAGAUAGAUGAACUGAAUAAGGACAUUCAGAAAGAGAUGGACCAGAGGGAUGCUCUGACUAAGAUGAGGGAUGUGUACGUGAAGAACCCUCAGAUGGGAGACCCGGCCAGUGUAGACCCCCGGCUAUCAGAAAUAGGCCAGAACAUCGAGAAGCUCCAGUUUGAAGCGCAGAAAUUCGAGGGCUGGUUAGCAGAGGUGGAGGAAAGGAUGCCAUCCAAGAGUGAUACGCACCGGAGAAGUGGACUCUAUGAGACCCAGAACAACACCACAGUGAGCAACAACUGUGCGCAGGACAGAGAGAGGCCCUUGAGCAGCCCGGAUGGCAGCUACACAGAGGAGCAGAAUUCAGAGACUCAGGUCAAAGCCAACAUCAACCCCAUCCCCCCCACCUCCUCCACCCCAGAGUUCGACGACGAGUUUGACGAUGAGGAGACCCUGCCCACCAUCGGGACCUGCAAAGCCUUGUAUCCAUUUGAAGGUCAUAAUGAGGGCACUAUCGCCGUGGCAGAGGGCGAGCUGUUGUACGUGAUAGAAGAGGACAAAGGAGACGGCUGGACACGAGUGCGCAGGAACGAGGACGAAGAGGGAUACGUCCCCUCAUCCUACGUUGAGGUCUUUUUGGAAACAAAUGCCAAAGAUUCCUAAAAGUGUGAGGCUGGCUGAGGAAUGGCAGGGCAAGCAGCCUCGGAGAAACCACCAUGUUCCUCACGCGCUCACAGAGUCAGAGAGAGAAAGUGAGAGAUGACCUGAAUCUAAAAAAAGAGAAAGACGGCCGAUUAGAACGCAUCUCAAUUUCCCAAAAAAAAAAAAACAUUACAAAAACGUAUCAGCAGCGUUGCGCUUCCUCGGCAGAACUCUGCGAUGUGAAGCAACGCUAAGAGAAAUCCAUCUAAAUUUUUAGCGCUCAUAACCUUUUCCAUUCUUAACACUCAUACAGCAGUCACAACCACAGUAUACCAUUUACUUUUUUGUUGUUUUCAGCAAAGCUUUGCUUCUUAAUGUAACUAACUCCGCUUGCACCACGCGCGGUCAUGAACGUGGCUGUCGGCUUCCUCACUCUGAACGCUUCCCCCCACCCUCCCCUCCUGGCCACCACCCCCACCCACACCGCCACGUCUCUUUUUCCUUACCUUAGCCCCCAUUGCACACACACACCAGCGGCGGAGGGUUUGGUCAGAGACAGGACGGAGACCAGCAGGAGCCUUAUACGGACAAAAAGACCAGCUGUCAAACACCUUCAUCCAGCGGUGUGUAUGUGUGUGUGUGUGAGCCAUGCCCUCCUCACUCACUCCUUGACUCAGAAGAGAAUCACCCUGAAGCUUAUCUACCUACAUCUGGGGCUUUAUCAUGGUCACACCUCCCACUAAAAUCAGCUCCAUAUUUACAGAUCUCAGAAGAAGAAGUGAAGGCGCUGAUCAUCUUAUCUGUAUGUUACGUGCUUCUGGUUUAUGUUGUGUGGUUUGUUUGAGCUGAAUAUAUAUAAAAAAAGGUCUUGUUUGUUGUAAUGUCCCAUUUUCUCCACACCACGAUCACCCCCGCACAUCAAGGACCAGCUGGGGAGAUGGAUGCUGGGUCAUUCGCCAUCUUUCUCAUCCUACAGUUCUUGUCUUGUCACUGGUGUCUGUUCCUUUCUCUGACCACACCCUCCCUCGCAUCCACGGCCCUUUCCUUCUGAAGCGGCUCAGGCUAUCCCUUGGCUGCUUUGUGCCCCCCCCCCCACCCCUUUUUUUUUUGCAACAGCCUAAGGCAGGGGGCCUCAGCAAUGUGGUGUGCUGCAUGCUUGCCCUGUCUUCCUCCUCGCCCCUCUGCUGGCAAGCUGGAGUAGGUGGUGGGGGUGUUUGGUCAGCUUACGCCACCCUCGCCUCCAGCCUUUCUGUUCAGUUAACCCUCAUUGCCUGGUCGUACUGUUUGAAUUAACCUGAAUGCUACUGUUUGGGUUCGGUGCCUGUGGUUCCUGUUUUUUGUUUUUGUUUUUUUUAUAGCUCUUUUCUUUUGGUUCAGAAAGCAUGUUUUCCUGUUUUUUUUAACAGCAAGUGAGUGAUAUUCUCCUCUCAGUGUUCCCUAUUUUAAUCUCAAAACUGUCAGUGAAGGAUGAUAGGGACCCCAAAUGUUGUUUUCUGAAUGCUGUUUUGCAUAGGUAGGUCAUGGAUGUCUUGUGCAUUUGUUUUUACUGUAAGUAGGCUACACAGUACAGUAUGUGGGUAAAACAUGUUAGUAUUGUAAGUUUUUGAUCAGUGUCUAACGCAAGUUCUUGUUAGUUUCCAGUCAAUCAACCUUGUGGAAAUGUCUUCACUCGGUCCAAGCAACACUUUAACCAAAAAAAAACAAAAAAAACAUGAUUUAUACCUGAUGUUUUUAGGAUGGUUCCACCUAAACUGUCUACUGUAUAUGAAAAUAUACUGCGAUCCAUAUUUUCCUGUGAGUUUGUGACUGAAAUGAGAACCAGAAUCACCUGUUUUUAAGUUUCUGAGAGAAAGGAUGAUACUGACGUUAGCUGUGGUAUUAUGAAAGGAUUAAGAUGUGAUUAUCUCAAAAGUUGGGUGGGAAAAUGUUUUUAUAAUCAUACGAGAGAAAUCAUGUCCACUGAUUCCCCCCUCCCCCCCUUGCUCAUCAAUGGCACAUAAUGUACAUGAUUUUAACAUUUUUUUGUUUGUUUUAUAUUUGAUGAUGUUGAGUUGAGAUUCACCUUUCUUUUUUGUUUUGAAAGCCGGAAGUCUAUGUUGUAGCUUAUUCUGCCUGAAUGGGACUAAAAUCCCUAAACUGCAAAUAUGAGUAACAAUUAAAUUGUUUUGAAUGAAUCCAUUCUUAAAAAAAUAUCCAUCUUAUCCAGCAUGUUAGGAGCACUUCUUAAAUGGAGGAGUGAUGAACACUUUGACCAUUUGGACUCUUGAUGAAAUGAUCAAAUCUCUGCUGAAUCAAGCUUAAAAGUACCACUUUGCUUUUCACCACCCAUCGCUCAAUAUGUCAAGAUAUCAAACAAGCCACUUUUGUUUCAUUUUUUUUUCCAAUGAUAGAUCUGAUGAGGCACAGAUCACCGCUUUGAGGGCAGCAGUAGCUUUAUAGCAGCCGUCUGCCUGCCGGUGCUCUGCAACGAAACCACCACAAACCUUUUAGGCGAUGCCCCUGGAAUAACCUGCCUGUACAGUGGAAAUGGCACGUUGGAAUUAGAGAAUAUAUAUAUGAAUAUAUAAAUAAAGUUUAAAAAGGAAAACAUCUAUUUUAACUAUUGAGAGUCUUACAAAUUACUUUAUCUGCUUUGCAAAGUAAGACUUCUUUUCCUUUGUAAGGUCUACCAAAUGGUGUGUUUUUGCACUUUUUCGUUUUGUUCCAUUUGGUAGCCCAUGCUUGUGUUUUGGAGCACUGAAUACUUCGUAUUGUGUUUACCGUGCCAAUUAAAUAUGCCUGGAAAGUUAA